UGCGCUGUGCUAGGCUGAACAGAAAGUGAAGCCAAGAAACUGCGGGUAGUUCGGUUCACAAUCACUGAGAAUAGCCGCUGAGGACGUCAAUGGUGGAGUCAAGUACGCGAGCUAGUCCAUUCAGGGAAAGGUCUGAGACAGACCCUUACUAGGUAGGGCUUUACAUGGAGAGCUGAAAUUUAAUAUGAGGUUAACGACCUUAAUGAUGUACAUAUCCCUGGCUUUGCUAUUUAUUUUGUAUAUUGGAUUUUCUGAUGCUGCACCUCGCGUCAACUCCUACGAUGCUUCGCCUAUCUCCAGGAAGCCUCGCGCAGCCUCCGAGAGCUUGGAACCGCUCUACACCACAUUGCCUAAUCGUUUACCUGAGGGCAGGUUUGUGCUCGGCCAACUAACUGGGCUCACGCCGUCCCCUACUAUUGGUUUCACCGGAGUGGCCAGCAAAACGAUACGGGUCUCCACGACUCCUGCCUCGCCAACUGCAACCACCAUUCAGCCACCAACAACUGACCCUACAACCCCAAGGCCAAGCACAGAAAUGCUUUUCAACACUAGAAAAAAAAAUACGUUUUUGAGCUCCAGAACAUCAAAUUCAAGCAAAAUAUCUGCUGAUGGGCAAGCAUCAGUUUUUCCUCCAGAAAAAACGAACAUGGUCUCCAUGGUUUCUCAGCGGACGACUAAUGAUGCAUGGUCUUCAGAUAACGUCGAUGCAUCGAUUUCCUCCUCCGAAAAUGGUCAAGACCACGGAAGAGGGAUAGGGGAAUGUGCUACUCCGCAUCCAAUCAAAAUGACCAGACCAAGACAUGAAUGAGCCAGCACUGCUAUAUGUUCAGCGGCUUGUCUCUCACCUCCGCUGCUUCGCUAUUCGUAUUCAUCGCAGAUGAUAAACGUCCCGACAGAGCCUUUGUGGAGGUUGAGGUGGGCAACACUUGUGAAACAGCUAUUUGUCACUGUAUAAAAUGGCCUCCCAGAGUCUCUGUGUAACUGCAGCAGUGAGGGGGCUCUAGAUGUGGAUGACUGUGACAAGAAGACAGGUCAGUGUUUCUGCAUGUCAGGGUACACUGGGCUGCUGUGUGAGGACUGUGAGGAAGGACACUUCACCAAUGGCACCACCGGCUGCAUACCCUGUGGCUGUGACUCCUACGGAGCUGUCAACCACCUCUGUGACAGCUCAGGAAUGUGUGUGUGUAAGACGGGAGUGUACGGGCCCAAGUGUGACGAGUGCCACCCAGGCUUCUUCCGUUUCAGCAGCACGGGGUGCCAACCCUGUCAGUGCAACAACCUUACUAACUACUGCCACCCACAAUCUGGCGUCUGUCUGAACUGCCAGGGCAACACUCAAGGACCCAACUGUGAGGAAUGCAAGCCCAGAUUCUACCGCAGCUCUGGUGCUGCCAGCACCGAUGCCUGUGUCGCCUGCCCCUGCUCCAACACCACCUCCACUGGCACCUGUCACACCGACUCUGAUGGGUUCCCAGUGUGUGACCAGUGCCUGUCUGAGUACAGCAGUCAGCAGUGUGACCGGUGCAAGGCUGGCUUCUACAGUUCCAAUGGUGUGUGUGUCACCUGCGACUGCAGUGGGAACGCAGACCCUACGGGGCCGGCCCAGCUCUGCCACCCUGACACUGGCCACUGCCUGAGCUGCACCGUCAACACCACGGGGCCUCAAUGCCAGCUCUGUGCCCCUGGCUUCACAGGGGACGCCCUUGCCCACAACUGCACCCGCCCAGCAGCACGGAUCGUUCUUACCCCAGAGCCUGCUACAACAACAGAGACCCCUAAAACCACCACUACAACCUCUGCUCCAACCCCCAGCAGCAAGGGCCUGACUGCCACGGUGCCCACCAGUGCUCCCCCUUCCACUACUAACUCCAGCAUCCUACUGAGCAUAGCCACCACCCAGGCCCUGCUCACCAGCCUGGGCAGCCCCACAGUCAAUACCACGGCCACUCUCAAGGAGGUCUCCUGGACCCAGUUCAACAUCAUCGUCCUGGCCGUCAUCAUUCUAGUAGUGGUGCUGCUGCUGGGCUUCGUGGGAGGAGUGUACACCUACAGAGAGUACCAGAACCGCAAGCUCAACGCUCCCUUCUGGACCAUUGAGCUGAAGGAGGACAACAUCAGCUUCAGCAGUUACCAUGACAGCAUUCCCAACGCUGACGUGUCUGGCCUGCUGGAAGACGAGGCCAACGAGGUGGCGCCCAACGGCCAGCUGGCUCUCACCAACCAGGGCAACUGCUACAAGGCCUAACCCACAGGGCAGACAGACAGCACACUGCGGACAGACUGGACACCCCCGGAGAGGCUUCCGGCCUGGCUGCCUGCUUCACAGAACAGAGGCAUGACUUUCAAAGCUGCUGGACACCAAACCCAAAGCUCAAUGCGUAACUUGACUCCUUCUACCCAGCUCCUCUCUCCUUCUGUGGAGCAGAAGGACACCAACAGACUGGCAGAUGUUUGCAAAGAGAAAAGGAAUGGUAUGUUUCUGUUUGUCCUUACGUUUGGGCUCCAUUUUAGAUUUGAGUGAUUCACGUAAAAGAAGUCGUCGAUGAAGGGUCCAAAGAAGAGUAGACUUUUUCAAUUCAGUUGUGCCUGCAGAGGGCACUAUAACAGAUGUGGAUGGUUGAGGUAAUGGGGACUUUGCCCAUGCAAGAGUAGAGGACCAUGGGAGAAUCUCAAUUGCAUACUCUUGGUGUUAUCUCUCCGAGCCUCCUUCUCCAAACCGAUUGGAUGAGAGUUAAAGUCAGAGGUCCCUCCCCUCUAAAGGAAGUGAGGAGAGAGGACACAAGAAGUAUGCAAUUGAGAUUCUUCCCAUGUCUCUGUUGUAUGGCACACUGUUCCUUAUGCAGCUCAAUGGACAUCAGACUACACUAGGAACCCUAGCAUUUCAGAACCUUUUAAAACGAACUAACAGUUUAAGUUAUAACUUGAACAGAGAUCUAGUCUAGACGAUGAUUGUUAUUCCAUUUAUUUUGAUUCAUUUCUUAUUUAUUGUCAAGUUUUCUUUUUGGGAUAAAUGUUGCGCAUGUAAGAUGUGCGUUUCAUGGUGUUUUAACUUGUGUGCUAUAUUGAAUGCAAAUUGAAAAGGGCAAAAUGUUUUCAUAUGUACGUAUGUCUUUUUUGUGAGUGAUAUAGGAAAUGGGAAGGCUGCUGGCUUAAUGAUCCUUUUGUUCCUCUUUUGUUUUCAGUUGUAUCCUGUAUAAAGAAUUUCCAGGUCCUUACCUUGAGUAUUAACGAGGGGUGUUUAGAUGAUAAAACAAACAUAUAUUGUAUCCUCUCUCUACUCACUACUGUUCACUGCAGGGCAGUUGGUCCUAUUGUUCGUUAUUAUUAUCACUUUGACCUAUUUACGGAUGGUGUGCAAAUCUGCUGGUUUGAGAAAUGCCUACCUCAAUGGAAGUUGCUGAACAAAUUCUUGCAAUUUUUUUUUAGUACUAGUCCAUUUAGGCUGGUUUCGUUUAAGUAAUCCACUUCUAGGACACAAUGAUGCCAGCCACAAUUUCUUAUGUAAGUCUUAACAGUACAAAAUAGAAACAGAUCUUGGUGAUGUGUUGCUGGCAGCAUCACCGUUAAUCCCGCUCAAGUGUUUUUAAUAAACUACAAUUGAUAUCCUGGAUUUGUUUCUGGUAAAAAGUAUCAUGAGUGAGUUAAGCUAGUAAGGGAACUCACUCCUCAGGGAAUGCCUCUUUCCCCAGUGUGAUCGCUGUAAAUAAGAGUAGGACAUUGUACAGAUGAAUGUGAAUAGGAUCAUUAUUAUUGUACAGGUAGAGUGCAGUUUACGCUCAGAACAGUCAGUACCCUUACACUGAAAGACUCAAAUAUGGGCUCGGCACAGUCCACACAGGAAAUGACCUAUCAAUAGACCUACCCUGUGUAUUAUGUUGCAGGAUAUGCUACAUGCCAUCAUCCCUAACUACUGUUAAAUAAUGAAUGGAAAAAACUGUAAAUAGUACAAACUGAAAAUGUCACACACAAUGCUAAAUAAAAUGGGUUUAUUGGUUAGUCUGUAA